UCUCUCUCCUUCGCUUUGCGUGUAAAACCCAGAAUUAGCAAUGGCGGACAAGCCAAGCAGAGCUCUGGUGUUGUACGGCGAUGGAUUGGCCCAAUUCGUUGAUCCAUCCCACACCCAUAUCCACUCCCUCGCAUCUAAAGCUGCCUGCGGCUUCUUGAGCCUUCCCAAUGCCCCUCCCUCAGAAAGCGAGGAUGAGAGGAUAGUAAGGGAGUUUGCAAAUCUGCUGGAUGCAUGUGAAGCUUAUCAAGACAUGAGUUUUGAGAAGAGUACAUUGAUGCCAACCAUUUCUCAGAGGUUCAUGGGAAUGAAGGCUGCUGUUGUCACAAAUAGUCCUUACCUGAAAUCCUUUGGCAGCAAGAUCGGCUUCAAUGUGUUGCAAUUCAGUGAUUUAAAUGGAAAUGAUGGUUCACUUUUUGGAACAUCAGUUGAUCUUGUGACCUCUGAGUUACUAAAGUUGCUUGGAUUUCAAGAGGGGCAGACAAUAGAAACAAGCCAAUUUGAUUUUGUACUUGUGCACAUAGGGGCUGGUGAAAGAGUGAAUAGUGAGAGAGGCAGCGAUGUUAUAAGUGACACAGAAUAUAUAAAUGCUCUGGUUGGUGGUGUAAUGAACACAGCACAACCUGGUUCAGAAAUUGGUUCCCGGCUGCACUUGUCUCUUGUGAUGAGCUACGGAAAUUACGGAGAGAUGGGUACCAAUUUAUCAAUUCUGGCUUCUAAAGAUGAAAUGAACUCUGACCUUUCCAUGCUUCUCCCUCGUCAAAGUUACACAAUGAAAGGAGAAAAACCACGGACUGAUGUUAGGCACCACUGUCCAAUGUUAAUUGCUCAGUGGCAGUAUGCUGUGACCCGCAUGGAUAUGGCAGAGACAUUUUCUUUUAAAGACUUUAAAAAGCAUGGUGGAAAUGGCGUAAUACCAGCUGACAGAUUUAUGCACGAGGUUGCAUUUAAGCUUUGGAAGGCCCCAAAAUAUGGAGCGUAAGCAAGGUUUCCUCGAAGCUUAGUCAUUUAUAAAACUGAUUGCUAAGUGACAUUGUUUCUUUAUAAGAAUUUUCCCGUGUAAUUCCAAAAUUUUCACAUGUAUUGAAGUUAUUUAAUAAUCGAUUUACCAAAAAUAAAUGAUUUAAUAGUUUCUUUAUCUUAUCUCAAA